AUGCUCCCAAACUCCGGGGAGUGGACCGAAGUCUGGCAGAGAAAAACAACGGCGACACACAACAACAAUGUGAAUGUCACCAAAUUUUACGUCGCCGGCUUCCCCAGAGGAAUAAGGAAGGUGGAACUAUGGAAACCUUUUGCAAAAUUCGGGCAAGUGGUAGAUGUUUAUCUCAGGGGAAAGAAAGACUUCAAGGGGAUGAACUUUGCAUUCAUCAGAUACAUAGGGAUUGAAAAUAGAAAAGCUUUGGAAGAGAGGCUCCAAGGAACUAAGUGCAGAGACGUUGCGCUGCACAUUAACCUAUCAAGGCCUACGAGAAAACCAAUUCAUGCACAACAAAAGGGUCACCGUCAUCAACAUAGAGACAUGAUGUUACCACAACCACCUAUAUGUGUGACCACCGCUCGUUUUCUCAAGUAA